AUUUCAAUUUUAAAUUCAAAAAUAAAACAUGAAAAACCAGCUAACACAGAAAAAUGCCCAAGGGACAAGAGCAGCAGCAUCAUCAUCAACAAAAAUUCUAAAAAUAUUUCAAUGUAUUCAUCAUCAAUUCGUAAAAAUUGACACUUGUUUUUAAGAGAUUUUGCCAAAAUCAACAAAAUUGUUCGUAUAAAUUUCUAACAUGUCAUCUCUUUUAAGAAAACGUCAAGCAAAUAAUUUUACUCGUGUUCUUAAUCGUAAUCCUCAGCUAUUGACCUGUAAUUCGUAUAUAAAUUUUUUACGUUUCUAUAAAACGCAACAUCCUCGUUAUGGUCUUAGGAAACUUUUACAAAAUGGCCUAAAAGUUUGGACUAAUUUGUCAGUUCAAGCUAGAAAGGAGUUUAAACAAAAGAAAUCUCAAAGUUUUGAAGAUAUAAGACCCCGUUUAAAAUGGAAAUCAAAGACGUCCAGAAUGAGCAAAGUUCCUCGCAAACGUAUGCCGAGAACUUAUAAGAAACGUCACUUAACAGCAGCAGUGAAUAUAAAAAGACAUAAACGUAAUAAACAACGUUGGCAGAGAUAUGGGCGUAAAAAAUUUCCGGGACAGUUUAAUUGAUUUAAUUUUUAAAGGAUAAAAGAAUUUUCGAAAUGAAAUUAUAAAUAUUUCUUGUUCAAAUUCAAAGUUUUUAAUCUAGAUUUUAAGAAAAUCUUUAUUACCUGAGAAAUCGGAAUUUGUUUUUGCUAAAAAUGUUUACCUGGUUUCUCAUUAAACAUUUUUGUUUUGCAAUUUAAAAAUAUAAAACUAUUACUAUAAUAAUUUAGCCUA